UACCUGGGAACAACACUUGCUGGUCAUUACAACUGUAGUGACCUGUUUGACAGCCAAAGGAGACACACCUGUCGUUUGCUGCUGAAGCUCGACUAGGAGAGCUCUGCAUAGAGUAAGAGGUACUGACGUCACAACGAUGGCAACAGGUGUCUUGACCGUUGCUACGGGACUUCUCUUCUUCAUCACCCCGCUCCAUGGACAGACUCAGUCGAUCAAGAGCGAUGUCAGGACACUCGUGAAAUCUGUCCGUGAAGUCAUCACAAACGCAAAAGAAGGUUCUUCUCUAGAAGCCAUAUUUCAGGACCUGGAUAACUUGCAGAAUGUCACUCUCAAUCUUAUUUCUCGUCUGCCAACCAGUGAAAUUUCAGAGUGUGAGACACAGACUGUCAUCAAGUUGGCGGCGGCGGGAGUCGGCAUCCAUGAGGUGAUGGGUGCCUUGCUGGCUGAGGGUGAAAUGGAAAUACUAAGCAGACGUAUAGGGUUGGCAUUAUCCUUUGAUGACCAAGUGGCGCAGUUACUGGAAGACAAGGUGUCGCGGUCGUCUGACGUGGGCCCAGAACUGUACGCCAUGAUCUUCGGUAUCAACACCACAGCCAACAUCAUCAAAACUGCCGAUGCAGCAAUACGAGAGAAGCUGACUCUUGUCAAAGAUGUAAAAAGGAGCAGACGAGAUGUGGCCCGGCAAUUGGCGCGCGGUUUUGACGUCAUCAAUCACGUGGGCUGGUGGCGGGAUACGACUGGCUGGCACACGUUUCACGUCGGUCCCUUCAGGCCGCCAAUCCCCUCGCAUAGACCGAGUCACGUGCAGCGGCGCUCGCCUCAGUGGAGUGGCAGCCUCACUGGAUCGGGAGGCACAGGAUCGGGCAAUGUAAAUGGCAACCUGGGCUGGUCAAAUCCAAACGGAGGGUUUUCUGGUGGCGUUGGUGGAGGUGUCGCUUGGGGUCCAGGCGGUGUUCAGCAAGCGUAAAUGGCAACCUCGGCUGGACAAGCUCGAACGGACGGGUUUCCGCUGGUGUUAAUGGAGGUGUCACCUGGGCCAAGGGGGUCCUACCCCUAACGUGGGAGUAAGUUUGGGUUUCAAGUUUUAGUCUCAUCGUCGUUUGACAUCAGAAUCACCAGAUUCGACUAGAAUCACCAGCAGAUCGCAUGUAAAUUCCGAUUUAUCAAUUUUAUCGAUAGCAAUUCCUUGGUAGUUAGUAACAAUACUCAACAUGAGACCUCUUUACAAGUUUAUGCAAAAGGAUGUUUGGCUAUUUUUUUUCCUUUUUUCUGUUUUGAGACUGAAAAAAAAAUUCCGUUAUUUGUACCUAUAACAUGGUUUUCCUUUGUCAAUAUGUUGCUUUGCUGAUGUUUAUUUUUACUAAUAACAGAAAGAAUGGAGUUUAAUUUUUUGAAUAAAUUUUAUAUGGCACCACCAUCUAUCA